UGAAUUUUGUUUUUGGGCAGGUAGCGACAAGCAAUUUACUAGCAUUUCGAUAGGAAUCCUCUGGUUCACAAACCAACUUUUAUUUCGCCGCUUUUGCGAAGGAGAUUGGCGAAUAAGGAAAUAUCGACAUUAGUGCCUUUGUUGAAAACAGGAGCCAUCGGUCAAGUUGAAGCUCGAAUUGCGCUGGUGACCAUGAGUCAAGUCUAUGUUACUCCCGAGCCGGCACCCAGUGAUACUCCUGAGGCUACCACAACCAAGCAGGCAACUCACGAGCCGCAAUUCCUGAAGACAGACUCGGCAAAAAGCUUCUCGACAACCAAUGGAUUUGGUGUUGACUCGGGAUAUGGAGGAGAGCAUUCCCAGGCUAUCUUUGCGGAGAAACGAACUCGUCUAUUGACACUAAUCGCGGGAACAAAAGGUGUCUUGAGAGAUCUCGUCGGUCCGACAGGAACUGUAUCGCAUACACUCCGAUAUCCAUCUGGUGCUCUUCGCAAGGCGUUUGGUUCCAAACCCCCUACCCGCCGCACAUCAUCAACAGAGGACGAUUCGCAGCCUCCUGCUUCCCCCAUUCCCGUCGCAGCAGAGCCCCCGACAGACUCGGUCACACAAGGACUCCGUGUUCUCCAGCUGGACCUGAAGUCGUACAGCUUUAAAGGUCCUGCCUCUCAAAUUGAUUCAGAUGAUCAUAGUCUUAUUUCGCAGCUCUUGGAGAGUAAAAUAAUUGAGUGCAGACAACACUUGGACCGGUUGAAUGCGCGAAUCUCGGACACACGAUCGAGAGUCCUUGUCACCGGUGACCUGAACGCUGGGAAGAGUACAUUUGUCAAUGCCGUUCUUCGACGAGAGAUUGUUCCGGAUGAUCAGCAGCCUUGCACUGCCUUGUUUGCUGAAGUGGUGGAUGCGGACCAGAACGACGGCGUUGAAGAAGUGCAUGGAAUUCGUGACCCCAUCAAAUAUGAUCGAUCGGAUCCAACAACGUUCGAGCGCUUUGAUUUCCGGAAUCUCAGACAUGUUGUCGAAGACAAUGAGGAGGACUACGAGUUGCUGAGGAUAUAUUGUCGAGACCGCCGCGCAAAGACACACAGCUUGCUGCAUAAUGGGGUUGUGGAUAUCAGUCUAAUCGAUUCGCCUGGUUUGAACAUUGACUCCAUCAAAACAACGGCGUUAUUCUCGCAACAAGAGGAGAUUGACGUGAUUGUCUUUGUUGUUAAUGCUGAGAAUCACUUUACGCUUUCUGGACGUGAUUUCUUGACCACAGCUGGGAAGGAGAAGGCAUAUAUAUUCAUUGUCGUUAACCGUUUCGAUCAAAUCCGAAGGAAGGAUCGAUGCCGGAGAGAUAUCCUUGAACAGAUUCGGCAGAUUUCCCCAGCGACUUACGACGAUGCAGAUAAUCUUGUCCACUUUGUGAGCGCCAAGGAAUGCCUCCAUCAUCCGGAAGGAGCAGACGCUGCUGGAACAAUGGUCCCAGAUUUCCAUAAAAUGGAAGAGGCCCUUCGUUCCUUCAUCCUCGAAAAGCGCGCACGUUCCAAACUUGCGCCUGCGAAGAUAUAUCUCCACAACCUAUUGUCGGAUGUCAUGGAUAUAUCACAGUACAACAGCUUGGCUUCAGCCAAUACUGCUACGCAAAUCAUGAAAGAUAUGAAGGACAGCGCCCCUGCGUAUGAUCGAAUGGUACAAAUAAAAGAACAAGUUUUGGACGAUAUUGAUAAAACCAUCGACGAGACCGGACUUCUUGUUCAACAGCACGCACAGCAACAGCUAGCUCAGUUUACAGAUCACUUGGAUGCGUUUACCGAGCAUGUGGAAUGGAAUGGGCCGCUUUAUGUGUGGCAGUAUGCACGUGAUCUUCGGAAUAGAGUCUACAGCAUCGCUGCAUUGCGUGUACGGCGUUGCGAAGAGUUCGCACGGGAUAAGGCAAUUUCCUGUUUGAAGGACAUUGAAAGUGUGGCUGCGACAUGUAUGAGUGUCCCACCGUCUAUCGACGUUGAUGUCGUCACCGGUGCCUUCGAAGGGGACGUUGGUAGCGCACCAGGUUCUAAGGCACUGGCUGGAAACGGGUCAGUUGCGAAGAUUGUUCCGAUGGACGUCGCAGAAUUCUUUGACCACAUAGAUAAAGCAGAGUUGGCCAAGGAGUAUGUACCAAGUUUGGGUCUGAUUAUUGGAGGGCUUGUUGGAUAUAAGCGUAUGGCGACACAAAUGUGGAGGGCUGGAAUGAGUGGAGCGAGCACAGGGAGAUUAGCAUUUGCUGGACUGACUAUUGCAGGCAUAGGGAUCUUCCUCUAUGUUCUUUCUGACAUGAAAAACAGCGUCGAACGCAAAGUCGUCAGGAAGAUGCGGGAGCAUUUUACCGAAGUCGGUUUUGUGGAAAGCAAUGUCGAUCGCGUCGCAAAAGGCACCCGACGUGUCCUCCGUCUUGCCAUCUGGGAGUUCCAAAACCAGUUCCAAAGGAUUCUAACAGAAAAUCAACGGAAGAGAGAAAAUCAGAUGCGAAGUAUCGAGCUUGCUCGAGCAGAUAAAGCCUUCUACGAUGAUAUGGCAUAUCGAGCAGCUGAGUUGGUGCGGGAGGUAGAUGCGAUUGAUUUGGAGGAGAAGAUGGUCGUGUAAAUGCGGAGACCGGACGGUUGUAGGUAGGCGUGGCGUGUGAGCCUAGUUUGCAAGUCAGCACUUUUUCAUAUAUCAGAUAGGCACCAUAGAGGGAGCGACAGGCAGUCUCUCGUGGACUUUUUUUUGGGGGAUGAGUGUCGAAAUUCCACAUUUUCUGCACUCAUCAUUUUACGUACAAAGCAUGUAGUGGGAGUAGUCAUCCGAAUUCCAAGUUGAAUAUCAACCUUUCUUAACUCAAAGACGGCUAUGACCGUGGCUAACUAUACAGACCGA